CCAUUGAAUGGAAACAAAUGGAAAUCGAUUUGAGUUUUCAUUCUUGUUGAUUGUUUACUAAUUUUGAUUAGUCAAUUUCUACUAAAUUAUAAUUGUUUUUUCGUUAAAAAUGGAGAUUCUCAGAAGUCUAGUAACUUCCGGGGUAAAAUGUUCGAAUCGAAUCUUUUCUCGACCAAAUUUAAUCAACCGGAUUAUGAUCAACAAUAAACGAAAUCAAAUGAACGUUCAUAGUGAGGGUAAAAUGAUUGUCAACUUUUUGGCCUCAGAAGAUGCUGAUCGUUUAUUAGUCAUGUCUUAUAGUGAUCUUGGUUUUAGAUUAACCAACGAUCUUUUCCUUUUAGGACCAAUUGUUUUGUUUCCCAAACAAUUGUAUUCUUGGAAUGUCGGUGAUGCCUCAAGAGUAACUCCAGCUUCAACUAGUCUCUUUUAUCUUUUAGUUCCUAAAGUUGAUUUAAUUGUGUUUGGCUUUGGUGAUCCUGGUAAUUCUAUUCCUCUGGAAACUAGGAUAUUCUUACAAUCCAAGGGUAUCAACUCCGAGUGUUUACCAACUAAAGACGCUGUCGCUACUUAUAAUUAUCUAGUAGACGAAGGUCGUAGAGUAGCUGGAGCUUUUAUUCCCCCAACGAAAACCGUACAAACAUUAGCUGAUGAUCAGGCCGUCUUGCAAACUGGUGGUCGUCAUGUUUCAGAUUUCUCAGCGGGUUAUUAUGACGAAUUAGCGGAAAAUGAGUAUAUCCAUGGUGAGCUUACUCGAGCUCGUUUUUCUCACUCUAUGGGCGACUUAACCCUUGAAGAAAUGAGAGAAAAAGUAAGAGAAAUCCGUAAAAAGGCUAGACGAACUGAACCUGAAUUUUAAUCUCUUACAAUUCAAUUACAUGUAUAGUUAUUUAAAAUCAUAAAUUCUGUUGAACCAAAUUGAAUGAGACUAGUUUUGAAAUAAACUGAUUGCAAAAUGUU